AUGGCCAUGAAUUCCUCUGUUUCCAUUGAAAACUUUUGCCAAACUGAUGAAGGCUUAGCCAUUGAAAAUGAUAUAGAGGGAGAUGUGAAUGAGAUUGAAGGCAAUGAAAGUGGUGAUGACUUAGACUUUAAAAAUAAUUUUUCUGAAAGUGAUGAUGAUGCUAUUAAUGAAGUGAAUGAAGAACCAAGUUCAUCAAUUCCACUUGACAUUUUUGAUCCUAAAAAUUGGGAGAAUUUUGAUCCCAAGUGGAAGGAUCAAUUAGUGGAAAAGGGUCCUAUAAGAGAUGUAUUAACAGGGAAAGGUCCCAAAGACAGAUCAAAUAGACGAUUCUCUUCAGAUUUCUAUACUCGGAUUUUGCCAAAUGGUCAAAAACACCAUAGAGAUUGGUUGGUCUAUUCAAAAGCACUUGAUAAAGCAUUUUGUUUUUGUUGCAAGUUGUUCAAAAGGGGGCCUCAACCAAGUCAACUAGCAAAUGAGGGAUACUGCGAUUGGGGACAUCUUAGUAGCAGACUUAAGGAACAUGAGACAAGUAUUGAGCAUAUCAAUUAUUAUGCUAGUUGGUCUGAGUUGCGUAUCAGGUUAAUGAAGGGUACAACAAUUGAUCAUGCUAUUCAAGAUCAAAUCAAGAAGGCAAAAGAGCAUUGGAGGAAGGUAUUACACCGAUUAAUUUCACUUGUGAAAUUUUUGGCUAAACAAAAUAUAGCAUUUCGUGGUAGUAAUGAGAAACUUUAUGAUGAUAACAAUGGAAAUUUUAUGGCUACUGUUGAGAUGAUUGCUGAGUGGGACUCAGUGAUGAAGGAGCAUAUUGAAAGAAAUACACAUCAUCAUUAUCUUAGCCACAAAAUUCAGAAUGAAUUGAUAUGCUUGUUAGCCUCUCAAAUAAAGAGUUCUAUUCUUGAAAACAUUAAAAAAGCUAAGUUCUUUUCUGUAAUACUUGAUUGCACUCCUGAUGUUAGUAACCAAGAGAAAAUGACUUUGGUUAUAAGAUGUGUUGAUGUUUCUAUAAGCCCAAUGAAAGUAGAAGAAUACUUUUUGGGAUUUUUAAAAGUGGAUGAUACAACAGGACAAGGGUUGUUUGAAGAACUGCAAAAUGUAUUGAAAAGUUUUGAUCUUGAUAUUGAUAAUGUGAGAGGGCAGGGAUAUGAUAAUGGGGCAAAUAUGAAAGGGAGGCACCAAGGCCCAUUAUCAAUCACUCGAUGGGAAAGUCGUACUGAAAGUGUAAAAGCAGUGGUACUUCAAGCUCAACAAAUCAGAGAAGCUUUACUUCAAGUUGCAGAAGAAAAAGACACUGACUCUAAAAUAAGAAGUGAAGCUAAGUCUUUAGCAACAUUUGAACUCGGAAAUUUUGAGUUUUUAGUGGGUAUGAUUAUUUGGUAUGAUAUAUUGGGUAAAGUUAAUAUUGUUAGCAAAAGCUUACAAUCUGAAAACAUGCUUAUUGACGUUGCUAUGACCAAGAUUAAGGGGUUAAUUGCUUCUUUUGAAGAGUAUAGAGAAUCUGGAUUUGGACAAGCUAUCAAUACAGCAAAAGAACUUGCUUCAAUAAUGGAGAUUGAUCCUGUUUUUCCUGAAAAAAGACAAAUAUAUAGAAAAAGACAUUUUGAUGAGGUUACAUCUGAAAAGUUGAGUUCAUUGAUUGAUGAGGACUUGAAAGCUCAUUGCAAGAAUCUUGAAAGGAAACUACAAAGAAAAAAUGGUACAAGACAAGAUGUUUCAGAUUUGGAUGGAGAUGACUUAUAUCAAGAACUGAAAAUCAUACAACAUAUUCUGCCAAAGGAAACAAAAACAGCAACUUGGGUUUUGGACAGUGUACAGUUGGAAAUGGAGCUGGGAAUCUACAACUGUUUGCAAUUUAAGCCAUUUGAUGUGUCAUUCCGUGUGCCAACUGAAAUGCCAUGUUUUGCUGGAAAUGAAGUUGUAAAUGCUGAAUCGAACUUCUGA